AUGGCCUCGCAGCACCCCAUCACCACUCUUGACGCCUCUCUCAUCCCCCGCUUGCCCGAGUCUUCCCCUACUCUGUUUGAGGCGAAGAAGGCGAAGAACCUCUCCUUCGAGGCCAUUGCCAAGAAGCUCGGCCGCGAAGAAGUUGCCGUCGCCGCGCUGUUCUACGGCCAGGCCGCCGCAAGCGACGAGGACACCAAGAACCUGUCGGAGCUGCUCGGGAUCCCCGUCGAGACGCUUCGGAGCCAGCUCGCUGGCCACCCGGACCGCGGCCGCACCCUGGAGAUGCCUCCGCGAGAGCCUCUCAUCUACCGUCUGUACGAGAUUGUGCAGAACUACGGCUAUGCUUACAAGGCCGUCCUCAACGAGAAGUUUGGUGACGGCAUCAUGAGCGCCAUCUCUUUCUCCACCUCUGUAAAGAAGGAGACCGACGAGAAGGGUGAUUGGGCUGUCAUUACGCUCCGCGGCAAGUGGCUCCCGUACUCUCGUUUCUAA